CCCGCGGUGCCCGGUAAGCGACGGGGCUCGGCGGCUGGAGGGGGCGCAGGCUUCAAACUGCCUCGUCUGCAGUCCCCAUAACACAGUGGGGCACAAACUCGGAGCUGAGGGUCUGGAUUUCCUCUGCAAAAUCGUUCCCUUGAGAAGGGGCAAGGCGCAAAACUGGUCUGCAGGACUUGGGUGUUUCGUGGAAACUGGAAUUUUUACCUCAAACCGAAACGCGGGUUUCAGUAAGACGCGAUGGAGCAAAGUGAUAUGUGCCGAGUGUGGGGAAUCCGGGGCAAAACCCAAAGCAGAACAAGUGUUGCACAGAAAGAAGUGUCUUUGCCUGAUUAUGCGUCUGCCAUUAAUGCACUCUAAUGAAGCAGACUGGAGCCCCAUCCUGCGAACAACCACCUUCUCCUGCUGAACCACAUUUAAAGUCUCCAGCUGCCACACAGAAUUAGUCCCAGCAUCGUGACUUUUCCAUCAUGUCAGAACCCAUCACGCUCAAUGUUGGAGGGAAACUCUAUACCACCUCUCUGUCCACCCUGACUAGCUUUCCAGACUCUAUGCUGGGCGCCAUGUUUAGCGGGAAGAUCCCAACCAAGAAGGACAGCCAAGGCAACUGCUUUAUUGACAGAGAUGGCAAAAUCUUCCGCUAUAUCCUGAACUUCUUACGAACUUCUCACUUGGACCUCCCUGAAGACUUUCAGGAAAUGAGCUUGCUUCGACGGGAGGUUGAUUUUUAUCAAAUUCAGCCACUGAUUGAGGCCUUGCAGGAGAAGGAGGUGGAGCUUUCUAAAGCGGAGAAGAAUGCCAUGCUCAACAUCACCCUUGAUCAGAAGACCCAGACUGUUCAUUUCACUGUCCGAGAAGCACCCCAGAUCUACAGCCUGUCUUCCUCCAACAUGGAAGUGUUCAGUGCUCAUAUCUUCUCCACAUCAUGUCUGUUCCUGAAGCUUCUCGGUUCCAAACUUUACUAUUGCUUCAAUGGAAACCUCUCUUCAAUAUCCAGCUACCUGCAGGACCCCAACCAUUUGACCUUAGAUUGGGUUGCAAGUGUGGAAGGCCUUCCCGAAGAGGAGUACACCAGGCAGAACUUAAAGAGACUCUGGGUGGUGCCAGAUAAUAAGCAAAUCAAUAGUUUCCAGGUGUUUGUGGAAGAAGUGCUAAAAAUAGCCAUGAGUGAUGGUUUCUGCAUAGAUUCUUCUCAUCCACAUACUUCAGAUUUCAUGAAUAAUAAGAUUAUUCGCCUAAUUCGGUACAAGUAGGAAUGGCUGUUUAUUAUGGUGCCAGCAUGGAGAUAACACAGGUUAAGUGUUUCCAUUUAAAACACACUUACAGCCUAAUUCAGAAUCAUGCUUAUCUGGAUUAAGAGUCACUAACAAGGAGAUGAUUUUCCUUUAAUGUAUUUACCAAUACAACCUUUCAGAAUAUGUCCAUAUUCUAAGCGGAAGGAAUAUUGUCUAGCACCUGAAUUAAGGAUUGGUUCUGUCUCUGCCUCCACCUCUGACCUGCUGUACAAUUGUGAGGAAAAUCACUUAACUUCUGUCCUUCCUACGUUUUCCAGUUGGAAAAUGGGAGUGAUCCUUAACCUAUAUUGCAAGGGGAUGUGAGGGUUCAGUAAUCAAGGUUUGGAAAGUAUCUGGAGAUCAGAUGCAGUGGAAGAUGCCAUGGAGCUGCAGUGCAGCAGACAGCCCUGGGGGCACGUUUUCCAUGUCUUGCCAUAUCACCUGUGCAGAGCAUCCAGGAAGUUUGGUUGGGUCCGCAGAGAAGCCUCCCCACAUACACACACUCAAUAUAGCUGCAAAGGGUGGUGCAAACUGCAAAUGAGUAAGGGAUCCUGUCUCUUUCGGUUCAGCAAAGGAUUUCUGUCACCACCUGAAGCUGGCUUGGGUUUUUUCCUGAACCCUGUGAGGAAGCCCUUGCUCUGUUCUGCUUUCAGGGAAGCCGUGUUUGAAUGAUGUGACUGGCACGGGGAACGACCAAGGAAGCCAUAGCAAAGAGAAUGGUGUUCUUACAAACUGAGAAGAUUGUGGCUGGUGGGGGAACUUUGCUUUGGAUGCUCUUAAACCUUUACUUUUACAUUCCAAAAGCAUCCAAGACAACUAGUCCUUUUCUUUCUCUUACAAUGUUAUAUUUGUCUGGAGGAUGCUGCUGAAACUUGCUGAGGUGGAGACAGAUUUGGGGGCAGAGGCCCCCAAAUAUCUUCUAAACGUUUGAGCCUCUUCUGCCUGGACACAGCCUUCUUUUGGGCACAUCUCCCUUCAGCAGUGCCUGGAGUGCAUGGGAUGCUCUCUAGGUAGGAUGGAUUCCUUCUCAAAAGACAACAUUCCCAUCAGGUUAUGCCUAGUAUUUUUUAUUAUAAAAACAGAGGCUCACUUUUCCUAUCCUGGUACAUUGAGCCUGGUUUGGGUUUUUUUUACGUCAUUGUGAAAUGGUCAGGUCACUAAGCUAGCAUUUUACCCUCUUGCUUGGCUUCAGUGUCAGAUUGUCAGAGGUAAGGCAGUGGGAAACCAGAGGUGAUGACAAUGGUCAAGCUCUUUUCCUACACACCAGAUCUGUGCUAUAAUGAAGAUCAUAAUCCACUAGCUGCAUGUUAGCACUAAACAUUUGUGCCACAUUCAAGGUGGUUCAUUCUCAGCUAAUUAAGUUUAAGAGUAUCUUCACUGUCUUUCCCUAACCACAUUGCUACGUGUGCCUGAGAGACCUUCUGGAACAUUUCCCUUUAUGUCUCAUGAGAUAGAAGGGAAAAUGCAAUAACCAAGUUUUGCAUUUAGAAUUCUAGUGCUUCCAAAAGUUCUUAGCACAGGGCUGCAAAGCUCAGUAUUGCCCAUGUUCUUGUUUCCCAAAGUAACUAGUCUGUUGUUACAUUAAGCUGACCUGUGAACAAGCAUAAAGAAGCAUUUUGUUAGUGUUGUAAAAAACAGUGAGAUAAAUGUAUUUCUACUGUCCCAAGCUGUAACUGCAUGAACAACACAAAUCAGCAUGCUGAGGGUAAAAAUGCACAUUCUGCAGCUAUUGGCAGCCUGUUACGAACAGCUGCCCCUGUCUGACUUGGUGCUAAACCAACAUGAUAUAUGUGGGACCAUGUUGUUAAGAACCACUGACUGGGCUUGAAGCCCUCAGAACCAUUAAACCUGGCAAGUUUGUGAAUUUUGAGGAUUGUAAACAGGAUUUUGUGGCCAAAUUCCAGCUUGAGUCACUAUAUUCUUCUAAUUUCAGUUGCAUUAGGAAGAGCUCUUUUUUCCCCCAUCCCUGUCCUGAAUUAUAAAGCGGGAGUAAUCUGUUCCAGGGGUUGCUGCAUGCCACUAACAAAGCAAAGCAACCCCUGUGUGAAGCUUAUUUCUGACAUGAGUUUGCCAGUCAGCUGGACAUUCACAGGGAUGAUCUAUGCAGGUAAUAUGAUUAUGAUGUGUAAAAUACCAUAUAUAAACCCUCUUUCAUCAAAUCUAUGCCUUGAAACAGAUAUGCCUUUGCUGAAUUUAUGGUAACAGAGCUUUUGGGGACUGUUGACAGUAUUUCUUUUUAACCCACACUCUUGAAAGUAGAUUUUAAAUGAUCUGUAACGGACGUUCUUGUAUGGCAAGACUAGAAUAAUACUUACCUGCAGUAAUUUGUUUCCUGUCAGCUUGAGUUUAUCCAAAGGUAAGAGCAGUGGGCUUAAAUCUCAUCUGGAAGAGGGGGGAAAGUCUGAUCUACACCCUUUAGAGCUCUGGAUCAGUACUGCUUCAUUCUGUUUCAGCAAAAUAAAAAUAUUCCCUGGGAGAGUUGAAUCGUUACUGCAUUUUCUGAUGAAAGGCAAGUAAGAGGAGUCCAUAAAAGCACUAUGCAUAGCUUAAUCUAGAGCAUUUACUCCUCCUCUUUGCUCCCAUCCCCUUUUCUUUUCUUUGGACAGUAGCAGCACCCACACUAAAAGCAGUUAUACAGUUUCUUAGAAGUCUAAACAAGAAAUUACGAGUGCCCCAACCUGGCCUAGACAGUAACUGGGGUAAUUCUGCUGACAUGGAAAUACGGGUUUCAAUCCCCACAGAUUGAGGAGAGAACUGAACUCGGGUCUUCUCCUGGAGUGUUUUAACCCAUCAGUCUAUUAUGCAAAAGAUGGACGACUUGAAUACACAUUUAUCUGUGCUCAUGUAACUAAAUCAGGCAAAGAUACAGCUGGCCACAAAUCUCUGUCAUUUAUUAACAGGCAGAGAGAUGCAAAAUAUCUCUCUUCUAUAUGCAUAUGAGCUGCAAAAUUUCCAACAAGUAUAAAGACGUGAAUGAAGAUAGGCUUUGGGAGGAAUAGAAAAACUUGAGAUACCUCUAAAUUUCUAAGCGGAAUAAACAUCUUUAAGCAUGAGAUACUAUUUAUAAUGCCACAGUCGUUCUGCAUGCUAAUCGAGUAUGUGAAAUAAGCAGUAAGUGAAUCACUUGCGAUUGCAGUCAAACAUAUGUUAUACAAAUGCUGUUGCUAUUUCAGACUACACACUAAGCUAAAUUUAUAGUUGCUCCCUAAUUUUGCAGUCUGUGAGUUAUGUUAUAAUGACUGUUUAUAGGAAUGUUCUCCCUCCAAAACAUUUGUUCCCCCUUUAUCUAGAUAGCUGGCUUUUGUUUACCUUCUUUUUCUGAGCCCUAGAGGCGUAACUUGCUUUUGUUUACCAGUCAACAGGACUGAUGAUUCUUCUUCUCAAGAGUUCCUGAAUUAAAAGUGAACAUGCACAAAGCCAUAUUAAGUACAGCACAACCCCAUUGCUAGUCAUGAAAAGCACUCAGCAUUUAUUAGCAGUAACACCUAAAAAUUAUUUCACUGUUGAGUGUAAUAUUCACUCUCAGAACAAACUAAUAUUCUUCCUGUAAGGGUGUGAGAACAAGGAAAGGAUCUAGUGAAGGUUUUUUCCCUUACAGUUUGAAGGGUGCUUUCUUCCACAUCUUGGUGCCUAAGUCCUGUUCCGAUGCUGCCAUAUGCCUGUCUCCCUCCACACCUUCGUGUACAAAAUGAGGCUAAGUCCUGCACUUUUUUCUUGAACAGCCUACAUGCUGAGAGAGCCACUGAAUAGAGCGAUCAGUAGUGUUAGAGCAGAAAAAUACCAGAGUUAGGGCAGAUGAUAAACAAGUUAUUAGCUGUAGUCUAAUGGGAUUUUCAGAUAUGGGCAUGUCCAUAGCACAGCGGGAUUUCUUAUAUGACAAAAAGCAUCUUAAUGGAGUCCAGAAAGAAUCACUCACAGAUUUCUGUAUGUGUUUUUUAGGCUUGAUAGCUCUUAAAUAUCUAACAAUGUCCAGUUAUAAUGGACUGAAACCAUACAUAAAUGUUAAGAUAUCUUUGGUUCAUGCAGCUGUUAAGGAUCAGUAGGAGUUGGUGGGAUGAGUGUUUGUUGCUGCAGGCGGUGGUAGGGAAAUAGAAUAAAUAGGUGAAGGAAUUCACAUGUUAACAAGAAAUCCAGGAUUUAGAAGGGAAACAAUAAAGAAUCUUGAUGUGUUCAGUAAAAAAAACAGCAAGAUAACAAUGGAGACAAAGAUUUUGCUAUGGAAGGAGGCUGUGAUUAGAAUGACUCACCGGUCCUUUCCAGUUUUAAUCUCCUAUUAUGCAACUUAAAUAUUGGUCAUGCCAAGAGUUACACUAAUAACUUGUCAGGAGUAGACAGCUUUGCUUCAGUUUGCAUGUGCUUUAAAUCACCAAACAUAUGCACUGCUGUAGUUACCAUAUUUUAACUUGGUUGCUGAGUAUAAAUUGCUGCUUGAGUUCACUGGCAGUAAAUACCUGGAAUCAAUCAGAUUUAUUCCCAGUCUAGGAAAGGCUGGUGGGGUCCAUAUAUAAGGUUGACAGGAGUGAUAAAUACUGCCUUCAGCCAUAGACUGUGGAAAAUAAAUCCACAAUCUUCUGAUACUUCACAGAUAAAUGGAGAAGUUAUGAAGAAGACUCCUUUGGGGAAUUUAAUUUUCACCCCAUCUCUUUGAAUUCGGUGUCACUGCUCAGAAUUUCAAUAUAUUUUGAAAUACUUAACUACCAUUCUGUAAUGACUCCCGUAUCCACACACUGAUGGACACAAACAUGCAGGGUACAAGCAGUGCUAGUAUGUGACCCUCCCAAUAAGUCUUGUAUGUGAAUUAGUACAGGCAGUCAUGCAGAUACUCUGUGCAAGACGGACUGGAUCGAGCAUAAGUAUGCAGAUCAUGCUCUCAGAUUCACUUGGGAAAAACACAAGGUAGGGUUUCCCUAUGAAUUCAGAAAAAAAGGAGCUAUAGGGGAGGGCUGUAUGGAAUAAUUCCUUUUCUCUUCUCCCUCUUGGCAUUCCCCUCUCUCUUAUUUUCUUGCUCCUACUCCUAACUGUAGGAUUUUCCUGUUGAUCAGAAUUUGGUCCCUAAUUCACUAAAAGCCAUGCUUUUGAAUGAAUACUAUUUGGAAAGUGUCAAAAGAUGGUUUUUAUUUCUUACCACUUUCACAGAGAGCCUGUAGGGCUACCACAUUUAAAAAUCUGGUUGCAUUUCUCUGCCUGUAACUCUUUUGUGAACUGUCACUAAUACAUAUUUUAGAAAACAGUAAAUAAAAUGUGAAUGAAGCAGGA